UGGCAUGCAAUGCGCGCUCGGGCGCCGCCCUGUAGGUGGUACAGCAGCACAACUGUCUGCACUGCUGCGGCACGACUGCCUUCCUAUUAGAAGAUCCCUCCUGCGGCUGCCAUCACGCGCGUGUCAGCAGUCAUCAUUGCCCACAGCACCCUUUGCGUCGACGACACCUCCACUUAUCCUCCUAAUGCAGCACACGAAACCGCAAAGCGGCGAGUGAAGACUAUCACGAUAUAUGCCCGGACACAGUACUGUUGCGGCACGAUGCGCCGCGAUAGGGUCUGGCAUUGCUCAGAUCAUCACGGAUACCACGAGCAUCGCGCGUGGCCUUCGCAAUGCCAGACAUAAUAUUAAUGCUGUCUGUGCCGACCUGCUUGCCAUCAAGGUUGCCCUGGAUAUCGCUCGCGAUGACUUCUCUUCCGCAACCCCCCAUCUGCCCGCGUUGUUGCUCGAGGCAGCCUCAGGGUUUCUGGAUUGCUGUUCCGCGGCGACGGAAGCGUGGCACAAACCCAUCGUCCGCCUCUCCGCGAGUCAGGAUCGCACGGGGCCUUGGCAGACCUUCAAGGCUGCCCACUUGACUGGGUUGAAAAAUAAUCUGGAAGCCGUACGAUGUGCGUUGGAUCUCCUGCUUGAUCUGGUCGACUCAUUUACCCUGCCAAACAACACCUCAUACGAGAUAACCUCACCAAACAGGCAAUCUUUUUUCGAUGACACUGACCCUGAGGUCUGGCAAGAGUUUUUGGAACGAAUUGACAGCGAGCGAGAUCACAUCGACAAUAUUACCCAAAGAAGGUUACCAACACUUAGUGCUGCCUUGGACAAAGUUAGAGCAUGUGUUACGUUUCAACUAGAAGAAUGUCUCUCACCGCAGGCAUCACCAGAACGUCCGCAGCUGCAGACUGGCCGAAUUGUCGCACCUGUUCCCUUCCGUCUCUCAGCAGCACAGAGAACGGGUGGCGAGAGCCUCCCUCCACUGCAAUCGCCACUAUCUGUCUCGAGUGGGAUUGGAGCCUGGAUAGCGAACGUUGUGAAUCAAGCUGUUCAAGACCCCAGGGCUCCACCUCCGUCUCUAGCGCUAACAGAUCCGCGUGACAGCGUUGCAGAAACAUUCUCUGACGAUGUAGCGCCAUCGGUAGGCACCUUUCUCACGGAAAACUCCGCUACGACGGGUACACAGACAGCGUCUUCUGCAAAGCCAAGAUCACCUAAGCUGGAGAACCUGGAAAGAAUAGAUUCUCCCCAACUAGCGAUGAAGACACCCAAGAUGCCCAAGGCGAAGAAGAAGAAUGGUAUAUGUACCAUCGCCUCGACUGUCAUUAGUUCAGAGGAACGGUCAAUCAUUCACCACAGGCUCACGAACGACAAGAUCGCCGUAGCAAAAGAUACCAGACGUUGUCUCAGUAGAGAUCAAAGGGCGGGACUGGACUGGAUCCUGAAGAACAUCUCGAAGAAGACAACAUCAGCUGAACUCGAACAAAUUCUCUGGGAGGGGGCAGACCCCAAUGCUGCCGAUCUGCAAUUCGGCACUGUCCUCAUCCGCGCUGCCCAUACCUUCACUACCCCCAUCCUCCGCCUCCUCGUCGAAUACGGCGCAGACAUGACGCAGACCUCGCACUCCGCUUAUUACUCCGCCAUUCACGCUUCCGUCCUCGGAUCACAGCUCCCAAACCUUCAGUGGCUCGUCGAAGCCGGUAUAUAUUUCGAUACGCCGAAUCAACAGGGAGAGACGCCGCUGCACCUUGCAGUCAGGACUCCAGGUGGCUACCCGAUUGCGAAGUGGCUGUUGGAGAUGGGUGCGGAUGUAAAUAGGGAGGCAAUGGAUGGAACUACACCUUUCCAAAUGGCACUGGGACCCUCGAGGGUGGACAGUCGAGAGAGGAGCAUGAUCAUUGAACUAUUGCUUGCGCAAGGAGCGGAAGGAGAGAUGAACAAGGACACUACGCAAAACAGAGGGAAGGGGUUGAGCAUUCUGGGUUUGAUAUGAGCAACACGUUGGUUCAUGGAUCGGUUACCAAAGUCGACACGCCGGAUUCCUAGUCACUGACGUUGUUCUAUAUGGCUCAUUCGCGUGUGCGGAUCCGUCGCGACACUGAUCAUUCCCGAAAGAGAAGAAAGAACUACCUCGACAAUAGGUCAGUGAACGGCG